UAAAAGGCAGGCAGGACAGAUCAGUCAGGUAAAGAAUCUUUGGUACAUGAGCUGGAAAAAGACAGUUUGGGGUUUGUUCGGAUGUUAUGAUGGCGAUAAAAAAUUAUUUUGUGAUUUGGAUGGUUUUCUGUUUAUAUCUGGUUGAUGGUACAUCUAAGGAAUGCCACAAGGAGAGAGUUAAACUUCAAGUACAGUUAAAGAACAUGGAGGCUCAUGCGCUUAAGCAGCAGGAGAUGAUCCAGGGCUUCCUUCUCCUCAAUAAGCAGGCUUCGCUUCCUCUAAAUGAGAGCAUCUUUUUUGAUCUAGCAGAUAAACAAUAUAUAGACUGUGCUCAGAUUUUCAAUAAUGGCUACAAUAAGAGUGGAUUUUACAUGAUUAAACCUGAAAAGAGCCCAGCUAAGAUCCGAGUGUACUGUGAUAUGAACGACGGGGGUGGAUGGACAGUCUUGCAAAGACGCUCUGACGGCAAGGAGUCUUUUGACAGGAAUUGGAAUGCUUACAAAACUGGGUUUGGCGAUCUGAAUGCUGCAAAUGGAGAAUUCUGGAUAGGGAAUGACAACCUACAUUAUCUGACAUCCCAAGGUAAUUACAGCUUGAGAAUCAACUUGGAAGACUUUGAGGGCACCCACCGUUUUGCCUUGUAUAAAAAGUUUCAAGUUGACAGUGAACAGAAUCAUUACCAGCUGCAGUUUGAUGGAUACAGUGGGAAUGCAGGAGACUCGCUCUCAGGCAGCUACAACCCUGAGGUGCAGGGCUGGGCAAGUCACCAGGGCAUGAAUUUCAGCACAAAAGAUAAGGACAAUGAUCGCUAUGUGCACAACUGUGCUCUGGAGGACAUGUCUGGCUGGUGGUUUAACAGGUGUCACUCUGCCAAUCUGAACGGACUGUACUAUAAUGGGCCGUACAGUGCAGUGACUGACAACGGGAUUGUGUGGUACACCUGGCAUGGCUGGUGGUACUCCCUCAAAACAGUGGAAAUGAAGAUUAGGCCAAGUGCCUAUGAACCUGAAGUCUAACAUUACACUUUUUUUUUCUCAACUUUUUUUGUAUUUAAAAAAAAAGUAAACUCUACGCAUAUUUGUAAUAUUUUACAGACAGUUCAUAGUAAUAUAUAACAUAUACUGAACAAUGUCGUUGUAGUGUGUACAUACAGAGAAGAGAGAGGGAAUUUUACCGUGUCUAGUCAACAUGCCAUACUUGCGCAAAUAUCAAGCUUUAUAAAUGUAAGAACUCAGACACAGGCCGCUACACCGGAAGUGACGCCAUCCGUCCGCAGGUGAGAAGAGCGCCGAGCUCGCGCGUACCUGUUGGCUGUACUGUUUCACUACUGGUGAGAUGUCUGUGGUGGUGUUUUGUUGUUGUUGUUGUUGUUGUUGUGACACACACCAAACGAUGAGUAUAACAUAUUUUCCUAACUUGUAUUAACCGUUAAAUCACGUAAAAAGAGAAACGUAUCAGUAUUGACGUAGAUAAACUCUAGUAUUGUGUUUUAUAUUGUGUUGUUCGGAGCCUCGAGUAAUAACUCACUUUAAUAACAAGUAACGGUUGCAAAUAUGUUUGUCUUUUUCCUGUGUAUUACAACCGGUAACAAUUAAACACCAAACAGUUUGUUAACUUGGUAAGGAUACAUAUUACUCUGUGACUACAUUAUAAAAUCAAGCAAAACAGUUAGUUUAUGAUUUUUCUGACCAUAAUGUAGCUUAACACAUCAUGCUUACUCAUCUAUGUAUUGAUUUGUUUAAUCCCAUGAAUGAUUCACAGCACACUAUAGCUUCAUGACUUUUUUCCUCUCUGCGCUAUUUCUGGAAAGCAGUCCAAGGCAUUCGAGAUGACAUCUUGAUGACUGUAAAUCAGGUGCAGAAAAAGAAUUUGGCAAUGUCAAUGAGAGACUGUGCCUUUAAAGGAGGUGUGAUCUUAUGGGAAAGCAGAGCUGGACAGACAUGAGUUACUAGAAAUAACUUUAAAAGCUUUUUUCUGGCUUUUAUUUAAUCAACACUAUUCCCAAUAGUGCAAGCAGCUUUUAAAUAAUUGCUUAAUCUGAAAACCCAUGGAUAGUGGUAGCCUGCCAGAUGGCAUUAUUAAGUAUGAUGAGUGAUGUUUGUUCAGUUUCCUGGUUGUAUACAAUUUUGAAUUAUUUCUUUUUGGCAGAAGAAGAAUGGAGUAACAUUGUGUUGCCUUCUGUGUCUCGACUGACUGCGCUUCGGUCCUUUAGGACAUUGUAUGGCAUCCAAGUAAAAUUUAAAUAAAUUUAAGAUGUUAGAGCAAGAGUUUAUGCAUUUAAGUUUAAAAUUCUAAAAGUUUCCUUUAAUUGUAACUAAUCUAAGCUGCAGAAAAUCUUUCCACAGGUACAGUAUGUUCAGAUUAAAAUGUAUGUAUUUAUUUAUUCUGUUCAACUAGCGUGUACUCCUCUAGAUUUAGUUCCACAUAGAUACUGUAGUGUGACAGUAAAGGUACUGCUAUGAAAAUACAUGACUGUAGUGUGGCACUAAUUUGUAAUUAACUGACCUACAUUGAGGUUACAGAAGGAAACUGGAGUCAGUUGGCCUUGUUCCUUAAGUGGACACAUUUGGAAUAUCAGCGUUUUUAAGUUGCUUGCAUGUCCUUUGAUUUUGCUUAACACUGAACAUUUAUAAGUUUAAUAUAGACCUCCUCCAA